AUGACCUGCUGCCCCAGCUUGUUCACGGGUAUUACCUCUUCUUGGCAGAUGUAUCCCGUGGGCUUCCUCUUCGGCCUGAGCUUUGAUACCUCCAGCGAAAUCGCACUUUUGGCCAUGGUCGGGCUUUCAGGCGACUUGCCCCACCCGGCAUAUGUCAUGAUCCUCCCCUUCAUGUUUUUGACUGGAAUGUGCUUGAUCGAUACCUUGAACGGCCUUUUCAUGGCUUGGCUCUAUGGCAAAUCCUCCAGCACUAUGCAGCGCUUGCAGCUGGGAGUCCGAACAGAGGAUCGGGGGUUGAUCGUUGGGUGUUGGACUGGUGCUGUGUCCCAGCAGGAGAAGGACAUGGUCCUGAAUUUGGAGAGGCGCACCCAUGCAAGGGACCGGAUUGAAUAG